UUGCGUCCAUUAGCCGUUUCUACUUUCGCCGACUCGUCUGUUUGUAUUACCUGUAUUUCCAUUAAUCCUCCUAAUAAUUUCCAAGCUAAAUUGUAUUUUAUACGUUUAAUAUACGAUCCGUGCGUCGUGUGGCGCUUGUACCGCACAAGCGAACGUUUAAUUUCGCCAAAAAAAAAAAUCAUAACCUAUAAAUUAUCACAAUGUCGGACGCCAAAUCCUUUUUGCAUCAAUACUGCCAAAAGAACAAGAUCGAGCCGAAUUUCGAAGUGCGUCCCACAGGGCCGAGGCAUAGGCAAAGGUUUUUAUGUGAGGUCCGGAUCAGUGGACACAGCUAUGUAGGAGCGGGGAAUUCUACCAACAAGAAAGACGCUCAGAGUAACGCAGCUAGAGAUUUCGUUAGUUAUUUGUUGAGACAAGGAUUGAUUGCUCGCACUGACAUACCAUUUGAUUUAGAUGCCGCUCCCGUACUCACUGGUGGAGUUGAGGCUCCACCACAAGAGAUCCCCACCGAAAAGCCCCAACAUCAGGUAUUUAGCGAAGGCAUGGGCCCCUCGAAGUUUGGGGAGGCCUACCGACCCAGAGGUGCCCAAGAGGACAACUGGCACUACAUGGACCGCGCCCAGGAACAAAAACGCAUGGAAGAAGCCGAAGAUUUGGAUGUAAACGCGGCCAUUCACGGAAACUGGACCGUGGAGAAUGCCAAAUCGAAAUUGCAUCAGUUCAUGCAGUCCAAUAAGAUUAACACUGAUUAUAAAUAUACGCAAGUAGGACCGGAUCAUAAUAGAUCUUUUGUGGCAGAAAUAAGUUUUUAUGUGAAGCAACUGGGUCGAAUCAUCCAUGGAAGGGACGGAGGGUCGAAUAAACAAACGGCCAGUAAAAGUUGUGCCCUAUCGGUGGUCAGGCAGCUGUUCCAUUUGGGAGUUAUUGAGGCCUUUUCAGGUACACUAAAAAAGCAGAAAAACGCCGCCGAAAUGCCCCCCUUCGAAGUGGCCAUAUCCCCCGAACUAAGAAACCAAGUAAAAGAGGUCUUAAACGACCUAAAAGUAAACCCGACCGCGGUAAAACAAGAGGGAUCCGAACCGGUCUCGUUACUUUCCACCCACGUGCUGGACGAUUUUCAUCCCGCUCCACCGUCUCAAGCCGGGGUGGUACCGUGGUCCCCGCCCCAACAAAACUGGAAUCCCUGGACCGGUUGUAAUAUCGACGAAGGAUUUUUGGCCACAGCGACGAUGGAACAGAUAAGCGAGCAUAUGCACGAGCAGGCCAAACUGAAACUGACCACCGAUCAGAGAUUGCAAAAGAACAUCGAGGACCGACAAAAGUUGCCGGUGUUCAACAUCAAAGGGAAACUUAUGGAGGCCAUUAACGAUAAUCCGGUGAUUAUUAUCAGGGGCAACACCGGAUGUGGUAAAACAACCCAAAUAUGUCAGUUUAUACUGGAGGAUUAUAUAAUGUCGGGACAAGGCGCUUGGUGCAGUAUCGUGGUCACGCAGCCCCGUAGGAUUUCGGCCGUUUCCGUGUCCGAACGUGUGGCUAACGAAAGGGCGGAGGAGCUGGGAGAAGCCGUUGGGUACUCGGUACGUUUCGAGUCGGUCCUGCCCAGACCCUACGGCUCGGUACUCUUCUGCACCGUCGGCGUUUUACUAAAGAAACUAGAAAACGGCCUGCGUGGUGUAAGCCACGUGAUCGUAGACGAAAUCCACGAGCGUGACGUAAACAGUGACUUCAUCAUGGUGGUGCUGAGGGACAUGAUUCACACCUAUCCGGACCUGAGGGUGAUCCUUAUGAGCGCCACCAUAGACACCACGUUGUUUUCCAAGUAUUUUAACAAUUGCCCCGUGUUGGAGAUCGAGGGACGCGCUUUUCCCGUGCAGCAGUACUUUUUAGAGGAUUGUAUCGAGCUGACCGGGUUUGUGCCCCCGCUGGAUACGAAAAAGAAGAACAAGGGCAAAAAAGACGACGAAGGGGACGAGGACACGGUCGCGGACGACACCGAAGAGAACCUAAACACUUGCAUCGACCCGAAAUAUUCGGUACAAACGAGGAACGCGAUGGCCCGCCUAAACGAGAAAGAAAUCAGCUUCGAACUGAUGGAGGCGAUCUUGACUUACGUGAAAAAACAGGAUAUUCCUGGAGCGGUUUUGGUCUUUUUACCCGGUUGGAAUUUGAUUUUCGCCAUGAUGAAACACCUGCAGAGCCAUCCGGUGUUCGGCGGUUCGGAGUACUGCAUUUUGCCGUUGCACUCGCAGAUUCCCCGGGAGGAUCAGCGCAAAGUGUUUUUGCCAGUGCCGCCUAACGUGACGAAGGUUAUUCUGGCAACGAAUAUCGCGGAAACGUCGAUUACCAUCGAUGACGUGGUGUUCGUGGUGGACAGUUGCAAGGCCAAAAUGAAAAUGUUUACGUCGCAUAAUAAUAUGACCAGUUACGCGACAGUUUGGGCCUCGAGGACCAAUUUGGAACAGAGGAAGGGUAGAGCGGGACGUGUCAGACCUGGUAUUUGCUUCCAUUUGUGUUCGAGAGCGCGUUACGAGAAACUGGAGGAACAUAUGACCCCCGAAAUGUUCCGCACGCCCCUGCACGAAUUGGCUCUGUCCAUUAAAUUGCUCCGGUUGGGCGGCAUCGGUCACUUCUUGUCCAAGGCCAUCGAACCGCCGCCGCUGGACGCCGUGAUCGAGGCGGAGGUUUUACUCAAAGAAAUGAAAUGCCUGGACCAAAAUGACGAACUCACACCGCUGGGUAGAAUUAUCGCGAAAUUACCGAUCGAACCCCGGUUGGGAAAAAUGAUGGUUUUAGGCUGUAUAUUCAUGUGCGGUGGUCCAUUGGCCACCAUGGCGGCGAAUUCUUCGACAUUCCCGGAAAUAUUUACGCUGGACAUGGGCCAGAGACGAUUGGCCGGCCAUCAGAGGGCUCUGGCCGGCGACCGACACUCCGACCACGUUGCCAUGUUGACUGCUUUCGAGCUGUGGGAUCAAGCGCGGCAGGGAGGCGAAGAAUCGGAAAUCCGAUUUUGCGACUACAAGGGCAUCAGUAUGCCGACGAUGCGGGUGACGUGGGAGGCGAAAUUCCAGCUGCAGCAGAUCUUAAACAAUUGCGGUUUCCCGGAGGAGACGAUGGCCCCGUUGGCGAUGGAAACGGUCGGACCGGAUCCGAAAUUGGACGUGAUCAUGGCGUUCAUGUGUUACGGCCUCUAUCCGAACGUUUGCUGGCACAAGGAGAAAAGGAAAGUGCUGACCACCGAGAGUAAAGCGGCCCUAAUACACAAAACGUCGGUGAACUGCAGUAAUUACGAGCAAAACUUUCCGUAUCCGUUCUUCGUGUUCGGGGAGAAGAUCCGUACGAGGGCGGUGUCCUGCAAACAGAUGUCGAUGGUCACCCCGAUACACUUGUUGCUGUUCGGAUCGAGGAAAGUCGAUCAGGUGGACGGGGUCGUGCGUCUGGAUAACUGGAUCAAUUUGAAGAUGGACCCGCAAACCGCUUCGGAAAUCGUCGCUUUACGACCUGCUUUAGAGAGUUUGGUCAUUCGGGCGUCUCAGGAUCCCGAACAGAUCAUGGACCUAUCCGAAAUCGACAGGAAGGUGGUAAACGUUAUAAGGGAACUGUGCAAGUUACACGCGGGCAGUUUCGGGAUUCAGAGGGAAUCGAGGGGUGGAGCAGGGGGCGGCAUGAACAUGGGCAUGGGCAAAAGACCGCCCAGGGGCCACAGCUUGGGAUCGUAUAACGGACCGCCCCCGAAAAUGUUUAGGGGUGCCCGGGGCGGAGCACCCAGAGGUGGCGGAUAUGGAGAUCGAGGAGGGUACAGGGGAGGUUAUCGCGGAGGCUUCGGAGGUUACAGAGGAGGCGGAUAUGGCGGUGGAUUCCGUGGAAGAGGAGGGUAUUAAUUUCAUAGGUUAAUUUAGAAUAAGGACGCUUCUUACCAAAAUAUUCCAAUGAUUUUUUUUUUAUAAACAAUCAUUUGUGAUCGGUAUUACGGUUAGGGAAAGUUUAUGUAAUAGCUACAAUCGUAUAUUGGAUAGAAACUUAGCGGUUCUGUAUUAGAUCGAAAUGACUCUAAAAAUAAAGAAAUUUAUUAAACAGA